CAACCCAUUCGGCUUCCCCCAGACCCCCACUACUCGCUAGGUCUCCAGCGAUGGCAUCGGCGCCGCCGCCGCCGCCGCCGGCGAAAUGCCCCUCGGCCGUUCCCACCACCAUACAAGAUCUCGACGACGAUCUCCUCCGCGAGGUGUUCAUCCGCCUCCCCGCGCUCCCGAGCCUCGUCCGCGCCGCGCUCACCUGCCACGCCUUCCUCCGGGCCGUCCGCUCGUCCCCUGCCUUCCGCCGCCGCUUCCGGGAUCUCCACCCGUCUCCCUUCGUCGGCCUCUUCAUCCAACGCCUUAUCGAAAAAUGGGAGCCCAGCGUCCCUUCCUUCGACGCCCGCCACCGCCGCUCCGACCGGGACUUCGCCGCCGCUGUCCGCGGCGGCGAUUUCGCCCUCAACGGCCUCCCGAACCCAGACGGCGACAAUGAAGACUGCGGCGACCAAGACGAGGACAGCAACGAGGCGGAGGCGGAGGGGGGCAGCGACGAAGAAGUUGAGAACAACGAAGACGAGGAGGACAGCGACGAAGAAGAUGAGAAGGAGGAGGAGGAUCCCUCUCCGGUGUGGGAGAUCGAGCGAUGCAGCGACGGCUACGUCGUCCUCUUCAACCGGAGGGCCAGGCAGAUCGCCGCCUACAACCCUCUCACGCGGGCGCUGCAUCUCUUCCCCUCGCCGCCGGGCAUCUUCAAAAGCGCCUUGACCUUUCAGUUCCACAUAAUCUCCUCCUCCGAAGAGCACCCCGGCUCGCCGCCCCGUGUGGUUUGUUUCUACUGUGGCUACCUUUACGCCUCCGUCGGCGUCAUCUCGCCGGGGAGCACCGAGAUUGGGUGGCAGAUUUUCCCUGAGCCUUUGAUUCCAGGAGCAGUGGGAGCCACCGGCAAGAUGGUGAACGGAUCCCUCUACUGGACACACCCAGGGAGACUCUACAUCACCGUGCUCGACACCGCGACGCUGGAAUUCUCUAGAAUGGAACUGCCGCCGCUCUUGGCGGUGGAAGAAGGCAGUAACCGUGAUUGUGAUUUUGUGCUUGGUAAUACCAAGGAUGGGAGGCCCUGCAUCGUGUCCCCGGAUCCGUGGGGUGGCUGUGAGCUCCUGGUUUUUUUCUGGAGACCCGAUGAAUACGACGGUGUCGAGAGGUGGAAGCUGGACCAGGAGUUCAAACUCAAAACGAUCCGUUGGCUCACUGAGAUUGAAGACGAUUCUUAUGUCGUUGUGCACGUUAUGGAUGUUACCGAUGGAAUCGUGUACCUGCGCACUGCCUAUGACGGGUAUACUGAAGUUCCUCAGCUGCUCCUAUCCUUUUGUCUCGAGACAGCGGAGCUGAAAAAGAUCUGUGAGUAUGAUCACAAGCUCCAUCCCUACGUCAUGGCAUGGCCUCCUUCUUUGGUAGGAGUACAUGAUAAGGGCCCCAAUGAUCUAGCUCUGUCUACCCCAAGCUCCGAAGGAAGCGAUGUGAAUGCUGGAGGUGGCCCAACAGAGCCUGCAUCGGUUCCCAAAGCAUAAUAGGAUCACUUAGAGACUCGGUGAGAUAGCUGUGGGGUGUUUUGGCGAUGCUGGUUGAUGACUCAAGCAAUAUGUAUGGCGAUACCUUGAAGGUUGAAAUCCUUAUGUCCUACUGGCUGUGGCUAUCUUGGGAGCCCGAUGUCCUCCUUUUAUCUUAAUGUGCCUUUUGCGCAUGCAGUAUUUUGGAAUUUCGGAUCUACUUUUGAACCUUCUUGGACCUUGGUACUUUAGAUGGUUGUAAUGGUCAGAUUAUGAACAGCAUGGUAAUUCGAAGCUGCGAGCCUUGUUGCUGCUGGACCAGCAGUGCUGGUGUUGUGCAUCC